UAUUAACCCAAAAGAGAAAGACAAAUGCGGGACAGUGAAUCUAUAGCUUUAUAUUAAACAAAGAAAAAGAGAAGAACUGGGGGGAGGAGUUGUGAGUAGUAAAUUGUUACUUGUUCGAGAUCUGCCACUGACUGGGUUCCAAAUUUUUGCGAUUCUUCCGUUUCUUCUUUCUUUUGUUACAGUCCCCCAAGUGCCACAGUUGGUGUUCACUUCACUCGGCACACGUUACUUCUUCUCUCUCAGUCUCUCUCCGUCCUGAGUUAUCAUUAUUCAAAUCAGAAAAAAGUCCACUAACCCCUCUGUUUAUAUUUUGGGGCUUCAUUCCCUUGUUUCUCUUUCUUUUUCCCCUGUUCCCCAAAAUCGAAAUGCAAGAAAGCAGCUGUUUUCUACUCUGAAACUCGAAUGUUUUGCCUUUCCCUCUUCUCAAAGCCCAGGUUUUCGAUGAAAGCCUUCUGCCCAUAAAUCUGUUCUACUCUCUCUCUGUCUCUCUGUUUCUCUCAAAGGGCUCUGUUUUUUUUUUCUUCCCAUCCCCUGUUUUGGCUUUCACAAUGGGUGGUGGGUCUUUGAAUGUAUUCUCUGCAAGACACCUUCUGGUGGCUUCGCUGGCCUUAAACGCGAGCCUGCUCUUCAGGGUUUACAUCGGAGGUUUCAGCCCAGCUCUUGACCUGCUCUCCCUCUGCUCACUCUCUGUUAGUAAGGGUUUUGAAGCUGCUGCCCCUGAUGCCGAUGCUGCUGCUUCUCCGGCCGCCGUAUCAGUUCUUGCUUCUUCUUCUAAAACGGCAGAGCAUAGAUUGGUGGACCACGGCAGAAUCAUCAACCUUGACCACGGCGACCCAACGAUGUACGAGAAGUUCUGGCAGGGAACCGGAGACAGAGCCACGAUUGUGAUCCCAGGCUGGCAGUCAACGAGCUACUUCUCUGACCCGGGGAACCUCUGCUGGUUCCUCGAACCGGAGCUCGGUCGCCAGAUCGUCAGGCUACACGGCAUCGUCGGCAAUGCGGUCACCGACGGCCGGCACAUCGUCGUCGGCACGGGCUCCACGCAGCUCUUCCUGGCCGUCCUCUACGCUCUCUGCCCGCAGAAUGUCACCGACCCUGUUAGCGUCGUUUCCAUGGCGCCCUUCUACUCUUCGUACCCUACGACGACGGACUGCCUGAGGUCGGGUUUGUACAGGUGGGCAGGGGACGCCGCCUCUUUCGACGGCGGCGACGGGCCGUUCGUCGAAUUGGUGACCUCGCCGAACAACCCAGAUGGGUUCUUGAGGGAUCCGGUGGUGAAUCGGAGCGGCGGGGUUUUGGUUCACGAUUUCGCCUACUAUUGGCCGCAGUACACUGCCAUGACCUCGCCGCCGGCGGAUCACGACAUUACCCUGUUCACCGUCUCCAAAUCCACCGGACACGCUGGAAUUAGGAUCGGUUGGGCGCUGGUGAAGGACGCCGACGUGGCGAGGAAAAUGACGAAAUUCAUCGAGCUGAACAGCAUCGGCGUGUCGAAGGACUCGCAGCUGAGAGCAGCCAAGAUCAUGAAGGUCGUUUCCGACGCGGAGGAGGAAGGAUCGAACCAGGGCGACGCGCCGCCGGCGGCGGCUCAUUCGCUUUUCGAAUUCGGGUUCGAGAACAUGGAGGAACGGUGGCGGCUGCUGAGGGAGGCGGUGAAACAGAGCGGCCUGUUCAGCUUGCCGGACUACCCUGCCCAGUUCUGCAAUUUCAACCGCCGAUCCUUCGGGAACCAACCCGCAUUUGCGUGGUUGAAGUGCGAGGGAGAGAUCGAAGACUGCGAAGGGUUUUUCAGGGAGAAGAAGAUACUGACGAGAAGCGGUGUUCAUUUCGGAGAUAGCCCCAAGUACGUUAGAAUAAGUAUGCUGGAUCGUGAUGAUAAUUACUUGGCGUUUAUAAAGAGAUUGAGGAGCUUAUAGCUACAGAGCAAGGGUGGGUUAUUGUUGCUAUGGUGAUAUGGGGACGACGACUAUUUUCAGUGACGGAUGUUAAUUUUAGUUUUUUUUUUUCUUUUUGGUACGAGCUUUGUAUAUUCUUUUCGUUUUGAUUAGGGUUUGCUAUCAACAGUUAGUUACAACAGCACAUAGUUGGAUGAAUCAAUUUGGUCUAGGUUGAAUCGAUCGAUGUCCACCCCUUAAUUAGGUGUUAGAUUGGUGUCGGAUGAGUCGAUACA